CUGAAAUUCACGAUUUGGUCAUACUAAGCUUACAAUUUUGCUGCAAUGGGCGAUCUGGUUAGAGGAGAAGCCUCAGAGUCCGAUGAGGAGAUCCAGGACAAGCACAAGAUUUUUGCCGCAGAGGUACCCGGCGAGGCAACCGAGGAGGAUGACGACGACGAUGAAGACAUCUAUGAGCAGAGGCGAAGCACCCAUGUGGCUUCCAGCACAGCCUCUAUCUACCGCAACAACCUGCUGCAGCGCAAACUAAUUGAAAACAACAUUGCGAUUUGGAGAUCUCUGACAGCGCUGACCCGCAACCUGGUGGUGAACGCCUCUAAGCAGUUGCUGACCACGGACCAAAUGCUCAUCAAGUCCCAGCUUUCCAUGCAGUCGGCGCACACGUCCCUGCAACAGGCGCAGCGCCAUGUCAGUGAGCUGCAGUCCCGCACGGCGGCUGUGAUGACUGGCGGCAGUUUCCUGCCGCAUAUAAACAUUAGGAAUGCCUGAGAAUUAACUAGAAAAACACACAACACACUAUUUUAUUUAUGAACGAACAAAUAUAGGCUAGUCCUCUGUAUCGGA